GCUUUCACUUCCGGGGUUCCCUCGCGUCUCUUCACUCCCAAUCCGUUCCCCUUUCCUGUCCUGUCGACCGGGGAGGACUGUGGCCGCAGAAGAUACCCACGGUCCCUCGGCCGCCGUCUCGUCCUGGGGGACUCUCGAGGCGCCCAUUUCCCGCGCAGCCGGUCGCUGAUGACGCGGGAUCCGCUGCAGGUGGUGCACGGCGGCGAGUGCUCCUCGUCUCCGCGACGUCUCCGGGCUCAAGUAGCAUCUCUCGCUAACGUUAGCUAACAACAUCGAUCUCCGAUCCUCCACCCCCUCUCCCCUGGAGCUCGGGCCAGCCCCACUAUACUAACGAUCAAUAUCGCCAAUCAACAUUUGAUUGAUUGACAGAGGGGUUACUGCCCUCUAUUUAACAUAAGAAACGUAUCGCUUUUACCCCCCGCCCCCAAACGUUUUAUAUGCAGGGCCCGUGGCUCCAGAGUAGCCCCUCACUUUUAACCAAGCGGUGUUGAAAUUCCUCACACCAUUCCUCCGUGGCCACUUUUGGAGCCGCUUUCUUUUUUCUACCUCAUCACCCCGAUGCCUCCUCGCCCCUUUCCGGAACCUCAACUCCCUCUCUAAGCCCAAUCUGGACCGUUGCUGCUUCUGACAGUUCGGUGAAGCAGAGCUUCGCGACAAGCCACGGGCAUUUGAGCUCCUCUCCACCCGCUCCAACUUCAACUUCACUUGGUGCAGAAGGAGGCUAGCUGGCCUGUUCAUUCACCUGGCACCCACACAAGAACGUCCACUCUCUUCUUGGUCUACAACCGGAACUCUCUCGAGAUUCUUCGUGUCCCAUCUCCCGUCCCGUGACAGCCCAGCAGCUUCCGAGCCACGGGUCUCGCCAUGCCGGGUCCGGUGGCCGGCAGCAAGUCCCGUGUGUACGUCGAUGUCAACACAUUGAAGAGCCGGGAUUACUGGGACUACGAAGCCCACGUACCGAACUGGAACAACCAAGAGGACUACCAGCUGGUACGUAAACUGGGCAGAGGGAAGUAUAGUGAAGUGUUCGAGGCCAUAAACAUCGCCAACAAUGAGAAGGUGGUGGUCAAGAUUCUCAAGCCAGUUAAGAAAAAGAAGAUCAAGCGUGAGAUCAAGAUCCUGGAGAACCUGAGAGGUGGGACCAACAUCAUCCGUCUGGUGGACACAGUCAAAGACCCCGUGUCCAGAACUCCAGCACUCGUCUUUGAAUGCAUCAAUAACACAGACUUCAAGGAGUUGUACCAGAAGUUGACUGACUAUGAUAUCCGUUUUUAUAUGUAUGAACUACUGAAGGCCCUGGACUACUGUCACAGUAUGGGAAUCAUGCACCGUGACGUCAAGCCCCACAAUGUGAUGAUCGACCACCAGUUGAGAAAGCUACGCCUUAUAGACUGGGGGUUGGCAGAGUUCUACCACCCUUCCCAGGAGUACAAUGUCAGAGUGGCGUCGCGAUACUUCAAAGGCCCCGAGCUCCUGGUGGAUUAUCAGAUGUAUGAUUACAGCUUAGACAUGUGGAGCUUGGGCUGCAUGCUUGCCAGUAUGAUCUUCCAGAAGGAGCCCUUCUUCCACGGGCAGGACAACUACGACCAGCUGGUGCGAAUUGCCAAGGUUCUGGGGACAGACGAGCUGUUUGGCUACCUACGUAAAUACCACAUCGAACUGGAUCCACGUUUCAAAGAUCUGCUUGGACAACAGAGCAAGAAGCGCUGGGAGCAGUUUGUGCAGACGGAAAACCAGCACCUAGUGAGUCCCGAGGCUUUGGACCUCCUGGACAAGCUGCUUCGCUACGACCACCAACAGAGACUGACAGCCACAGAGGCCAUGGAGCAUCCCUACUUCUACCCCGUCGUAAAGGAGGAGUCUCUGUCAAACUCUGACAACAUGGUUUCCAGUGGCAACACCACAACGCGAUGAAACACAGAAAGUAAAAAGAAGGAUGUUUGUUACCUCAACUUUGUCCGCGGUUGUGACAGUAACUUUGACAAGUGUACAGCGACAAUGGAUCAAAGUAACUCUGACCUGUUACACACUCACAGACAUGCACACAUACACAUGCAAGCAGGUAUACAUACACCCUCCUCCUCUGUAUCAGUCUGUGAUUGGCCUGUUCUGGUGUCCUGUCCAGCAGCCUGACCAAUGAGCUUGAAGCUGCUCACUCCCUGACCCCUCCCACGUCAGUAUCAUGUACAAGGGAAAAACUCCUUUUAAAGACUGAUUUCCUCGCCCUUGCCUCCAUCCUUCCUUUAUAUGGUCCCGACUCUUUGUUUGCAUCAGCAUGGAAGAUGGACAGGAGUGUGACCCAGUACAAGCCACCACCACCACCCCCUUGCCCCGCCCCCUGAGAUCCGUUCAUCCAUGCACCCAUCUAUCUCUCCCCGCCCUACUUGCCAUCUUUUUCCCUGAAAAGACAAAUGUCUUAGCACUACUCCAGUUCUGAAAGUGGCAUGGUGGACUCUCUCUCUAGCUAGAAUGAUAAUAAUAUUAAUGAAAAAUAAAUGAUUUUUAUUUAGAUGAA